AUGCUGAAGUCAAAAAUAACUGCUAAAAGAACUUGCAAUGCUAUCAGUGUUAAAUUAAAGAAAGAAAUUUGUGAAUAUAUGAUGGUUCAUCAAAAUAAAGAUAAAUGGCUGAAUUUAGUUUCUGAUACAAUUGGAUUAGACAAAUUUUGUCAGUGUUCAACAAGAUUUCCUGAAUUUGAUAAAGCAAUGCAAAUAUGGACUGCACAAAUGGUUUCUGCCAGAAUGCCUUUAAGUGAUUUAAUUUUACAAAGAAAGGGGGGAUUUGCAAGAGGAUUAAAUAUUGAAAACCAAAUAAAAUGUGCAAAUGGUUGGAUAUAUAAAUUCAAAAAAAGAAAUGGUUUACAUAAAAUUAAAUAUUCUGGUGAGGCUAAUAGUGCUCCACUCCAAAUUCUUCCUGAAGAACGUUCAAAAUUGCGAUUUAUUUUAAGUCAAUAUAAUGAAGAUAUCUAUAAUGCUGAUGAGAUGGGAAUUUUCUUUAGGAUGCUACCCAACCAAACAUUAAGUACUGGCCCAAUUUCAGGAUAUAAAAAAUGGCUCAAUUAUCAUGAUAGAUUUUUUUGUGCAAUGGACAGAAAGGUUGUUCUUCUAAUUGAUAAUGCUGGGUCACAUUUUAAUCCAAAGCAACUUGAACAAUCUAAUGAAAACUCUACCAUUGUCAAUGAUCACAAUGAAGAAAUUAUAAUUAUCAAUGAAGAAUCAAGUUCAUGUUCUGAUAAUGAAGAACCAAUUGCAGAAUCAUCUCAUUUUGAUCAAAAUGUACCAACUAAAGAAUACCUUAAUGAUGAAGAAAUUAUAAGUCUUGUCCAAUUUGAAAAAAUGGGCAAAAAUGGUAAUGAUUCAUCAUCAGAUGAAGAAAUACCUUUGAUACCAGUAAAAAAUGCAAUUAAUGGUUUAGAAACAUUUAUUAAUUUUUUUGAGCAACAGAAAAACAAUGAAAAAUUUAAAAUUGAUGAUUUGCACAUUUUUAGAAAAUAG